AUGGAUUCAUAUGAGUUGUUUGGAGAGGAUGUGGGUGGAAACAUGUUGGAAGGCUUAUCUGAAUUGGGAGGAGAUAAUUUCACAGAUGUGGCAGGCCGUGGAAGUCAACCCCCCGCAAAUGCAGGUUAUUCUCAAUCUCAGCCAUAUCAAUUGCCCGGAGAAAUGCACGGCCAUCAAGGAGAGUCUCCAUUACAAAAACUUGCAUCUUUUGGACCUCCAGGAGGUGCAGGGCCAGGGGCUCCAGAUUAUAAUCCUGGAAAUCAUAUAGAUCAUUAUUCUAAUCACUCUGGAUCAGCUUAUGGAGCGAGUAGGGUUUCUUCGGGUUUAAGACCCAAUUUAGGACAAUCUGGACCGCCACAGUAUUCACCUUAUACAGAUGCUGCAGCAGGCAUGUACAGUACUACAGACCAAGCUGCAUUACAAGCUUGGUCCAAUUAUCCCGCACCUGGUAUUAGUAGGCAUUAUCCACAUAUAGCUCAACCAUCUUAUAGACAGCAUAUGAGCUAUCAACAACAACCCAAUCAAGAAAAUCAACAGAAGCCUGGUCAGUAUGUAUCUAUGAUGACUUCUCAUCAAGUUCCAUCUAGUGUUUAUUCUCGUAGUCAACAACAACCAAUGGCACCUUAUCAAAAUAUGAUGUAUUCAAAUACUUCACCUGGGUAUUCUGCAUAUGGUCAUCAACAAAAUACUACCACUGUUUCUUCACGAAUACCACCGCAUCACAUUCAACAAUAUCCACAGCAGCAAAUGCAGAUGCCUGAAAUUCCUAGUCCUCAAACUCCGUCAAACUACAACCAUUUACAAUCGCAAAUGACCUCUCAUCCACCUUUUUCACAACAACCACAGCCACCUCAACAGCAGCAAUCUCAACCUCAACAACAAAUACCACAAAGAUCACUGGGUAUUGAUGUGCCGAGUAAUCCGUCUUAUGGACCACCCAGUGGACAGACCCAAAGUAAACCUCAUACUUCUCAAGGAGGUAGUCCUCAACCACCAUAUCGAGCUCAGUUUCCUCAACUGUCUCCUCAGAUUUCACCCCGACCUCAAAUGUCGCCUAGACCUCAGAUGUCUCCUGUCAUGUCCCCAGCAAAACCAACAACACAUUCACCACACCCUCAUUCCGCUCAAUCUAAUAUGUCCCCUAGGCCUACAGCUACAGCAUUAACUCCAAAAACAGUGGCUACUUCCAGUCCUUCUCCAUACGCUCAACAGAGUACUCUUCAACAACUUGAACAAAUGGUUAUGCCAACUGUCAAUACUAAUUCAUCAACAGAUUAUCCAGCAUAUAGAAGUGGCUUACAAGCUAAUACUUCCCCACAUUGGCAGUCCACACCAAGACCUCCUCAUAAUGGAGGACUAAGUUCUCAAAAUCUUGACCAAGGAUUACCAGUAUAUUCUGCUAUGUCAUCUGAAGAUAACCAAAAUUUGGAUUCUUCUAAAUCACAAUCAAAUUCAAAUUCUAGUAGUAAUUUGAACAUGAAUAAUAUGCCUAAUAUGGGUGAAUCAAAUUCUAUUCCAAGUCAAAAUAAUCUCGAUUAUCCUCCCAAUACACAAAAUAAAUACACAAUUUUAGAAUCGCAACACAUUCCCGUUUCACAUUCUGCAGAUAUGCCUCCAACAUUGGAACCACAAACAAGCAUACCACCAGUACAACAACAACAACAAUUACAACCAGCUAAUCAGAACCCACCAACGAUAGAACACAUGGGAUCUAAUAACAUAUUGACUUCUUCCAGUAUUGGAUAUAAUGACUCUAUGUCACAAUAUCAAAAUGGUAAUAAAAUGGAAGAAAUUAUCAACAAUCAACCACCUGAUGCACCUCAACAGAUACAACAUUCUCAAACUUCAAUGUAUGAUCCUAGAGGACCUCCUCCUCCAGGAAUGUAUCAUUCUUCACCGAUUAGCCACCAACAAGAGAUGGCUGCAUUACAACAGCAGCUACAAGAAUUAUAUUGUAUGCCACCUUCUGGGCCUGAUCAUCAAUUAAGGGUAUGAACAAUUUUUAGUUUAGUAAAUUGAAUUACCAUAUAUUAAACUAUUAAGAUAAUUGUUCAUUACAAAAAAUAUAACUGAACUUGUAUUUUAAUUGUAGACUUAAUAAAAUCAAGUAAGUGUAUGGUAGAUUAUUUUUUUUUUUAAAUAAUAGAUUAAUCACAUCCAAGAAAGAAUAUCCAUUUUACAACAACAUGAAGCCAAUGACCAAUGUAUGGGUGGUGUACAUUGUCCAGUUGUGAAUCCUAUGUAUCAACCUGCAAUCAUAGAACCUGCAGUACCGGUGGUAUAAAAUUAAUAUAUUAAUAAUAAUUAUAACAAAUUGCUUAUUAUUAAAUAAUUAUUAUAGGUAUCAGGACGUGGAAGAGGGAGAGGUCGUGGAAGAGGUAGGGGUAGUACCUCUGGUGAAGGCCGAGGAACUCCCAGACCUAGAAAAAGUAGAAAAAAGGCUCAAGAACCAGAGCAAAUUCCAUUUUCACCCCCAUUAUUACAACCAGAAAUGCCAACACAUUCUAUGGUGCCACAGGAAUUGAUGCCAAUGCAUAUAAACAUGAGCCCUGGUAUGGCUCAACCACAUCAUAUGAUGCCCUCUGGAUUGCCCCAUAUAGGAAUGCCGCCAAACCCAAUGCAACAUGAACAUAUGCCACAAUCCUCUAUGUAUAACAAUUCAGAACCAGCAUAUCAUCAUCAUAUGCAGUCUUUAGGAUGUCCACCACAACAUAUGCCACAACAACCACCACCUCAACAGUUACAACAGCUGUCAGUGCAACAACCUAUUUUGCCUUGCACUUCUGAGUCACUAGUUUCUAAUUCUGUACCUUAUUCAGAUCCUAUAAUGCCUCCUGUUCAUCUCGAACAACCAAUUGAAGAAUUGCCUCCUGAACAAGAACAACUACAACAACAGCAAGAGCAACAAUUGCACCAACAACAAAUCCAGGAACAAUCACCACUUAUGCCUCAAUCUCCAGUUGAAUCUGAAUCACAAGCACGUUCUGAAUCUCCUUUAAUAGAACAAUUGAACCAAUCAUCACCCCCCCAAUCUGAAAUACAGUCACCAUUAGCUCAGGAAGAAGUUAUAAAAGAUUCAGAACCUGCAGACCUGCAAUCGCCACCUCAAAGUCCAAGUGUAGAAAAAUCAUUAGUAUCAAUGGAAGUUGACAAUUCAUCAGUUGCAUCUCAUCAAUCUAGAUCCUUAUCACCAGCAGAACUAAAUGAACCACAAUCUCUUGAAAGAGACUGUUGGUCUGGUAGUGAGCAUGAUCCUCCUCCACCUACACUGACUGCCGAAGUUUCAUCUCCAACAUCACCAAAAGCUGAAAAUGAAACUGGUGAAACUAGCAUUUUCAAUUUUACUGAAGAUGAAGAACCUCCCCCACCGCUUCAUUCUUUACCUGAUGGAUCUCCUAGAAAAAUAAAAGGAGGUUCAAGGUAUUUAAUAUAAUCAAAUAUAUUUUACUGGUUUCUGUUUUGCUUAGUGAUAAUAAUGCUGGAUUUAUACACAUUCCAUAAAAAUAUCCAUCAACUUUGAAAAAAAGUACUUAAUAUAAGCAAAAAUGGUAGAGAUUAUAAAAGUGCCCUCAUCAAAGGGAUUAAAUGCAUACAAUAAAAGUAUUCUAACACUUCAAAAGUGAUUAACUUAACAAUUAUUUUUUAUUUGUAUAAUAGUGCAAUUUUAUAUAAAAUCAUUUUAACAGAAAAUUGUAUAUAAUAUGAUAAAGCAAUUAGAGCAAUCAAACCCCUCUACCCUUUUUGCUUAGUUAAAAUGUUUAAGGCACUUUUAUAGAGCUUUUUAAAGGGUGCCUGAACAUCCAGUCCCUAAUAAUAAAUUUUAUUUUAUUUUAUCUACAUUUUUAGAGGAACAAAAAAAUCGUCAAAAUCAAAAAAGCCCAAAACUGUUAAAGUUCCUAAAACUAAAGUAAAAGAUCGAAAGAAAAAAGAAACCAAUUCAGAUGUUGAACUAGAUGAAACUCCACUAAAACCUAAAAGGUGAAAUACUGAGUGUAUCAAUAUAAUUAAAAUAUUUUACCAUGUUCAGUUAUUAUUAGUGAUAAAUAUACUAAACAAAAUAAUAUUUAUUUCAAUGUUUAAAUUUGUAAUAAUUUAUAAUUACAAAUAUAUUAUUAUUAUUUAUUUCAUAUUUACCAAAAUAUUUAAAAUUUUUCAAAAAUUAUAUUAUUUGUCAUAUGAAUAAAGUGUAAUGCUUGGUUGUUAUGUAAAUGGCAACUGUGUAUUAAAAUUCUAGUAUUUUAUAAAUUUUAUAAACUAAUGUAUUAUUUAGACCAUCUAAGAAGAAAAAGAAGAAAAUGUCUCCAUCCGAAAAUAAAGUGCCUGAAGAACCUGUACUAGAAGAUACUAUAAAUAAUAUUGAAGUUCCACAAGAGGAUGAAAUUGAACCUACUGCUGAUGAUGAAUUGGAAACCAAAAUAGACGAUAACACAGAAAAAGAGUUGGAUGAUUCUGAACUAGAUACAAAUGCAAUAAAGGAUGAAAAAGAAAUUACAGUUGAUGAAUCAUUAGCAGAUGUUGAAUCACUACCUGAAAGUCAACCAGAGCAAUCUGUCAAAUCUUCGAAAUCAUCUAAACGUAGUUCUGACCGGAAGUCUAAAAGUCGUAGCAGCCGUGCUUCAAAGUAUUUAUAAAACACAUUUUUAAGCUUUAUUUUUUUUAUUUUAGUUUUAUUUAAUUAAACAAUAUAUAAUUUAUUAUCUAAAAUAAGUUCAUAUUACAACUUUUGAAUCAACUAUUCUUGUUAUAUUGUUGGAAUUGCUAUUGUAAAUAAUAAUAUUUAAUAUAUGUAUGUACAUUGUAUAUAAUGUAUCAAUAUUGUUUUUACUAUUUUUAUUGUUCAAUAUUUUGUAGGCGAAAGAAACCUAAACCUUUGGUUCCCAAUGAAUCAGAAAAUGAUGAGCCAAAUGUUACACCACCUCCAUCACCUGAGGGUGAUGAUAAUGUGAGUAUUUUUUUAUCUUUUAUUUGAUUAUACAGUAUACUACUUAAUGAAAUUACUGAUGUAUUUUUUUUUCAUUGUCAUAUUAUGAAAUAAAUAUAUAUUUUUUUCAAUUUAUCAAAUUAUUGUAUAUUCAAACUUCGAAAUAUUUGUAUUUGUAUUAAUUUUUAUUAUUUGUUAAUGUAUAUGGUUAUAACAUUUUUUAUUCUUUAUAUUAUAAAUUAUUACAAACAUAAGAAGCUCAUGAUAAUAAUAAUUUUAUUUUUAAAUUAAUUAAUAUGUAAUAAAUAUUAUUUAUAUUUAGAAACGAAGAUCUGGAAGACACACACAAAGAAAGAAGUAUGUUGAUGACAUUAUGUUGGCUAUGUCUGAUGAUGAUUCUCGUAAAUCAUCGUCACCACAACGUUCUAAAUCUGCAGUUUCGGGCUCUGCCAAUGAAAGUAAACAAACAGCUCAAAAUAAAAAUGCUAAUGCUAGUAAUUCUGUUAAGCCUAAUAUGGUAUAUAUAGUAAGUAAUAUUAAUUUUUUUUGAACAUGAGUUGUUUUUAAUUAUUUUUAAAUUGCUUAUUUUUAGAAUGUUACUGAUGAAGAUUCAAUGGUUGUUCAACAUAUAUUGGCUGUUCGGAAAGGUACAAGAGAAGCAGUUAAUUUAAAUCAAGAAGAUAAGAAUACUCUCAGUGAUAGUGAAGUUGAUAUUAAAAAAGAAACCGAGGAAGUAAAAGAAGAAAAAAUUAUGGACAAAAAUGAUGAAACCCUAGAAAAAACAUCUGAUGACAAAUUUGAAGAAAAUUUAAAUUUAAAACUGGAGGAGAAAUUGAUUUCAGUUAAACUAGAACAAGAAUCUGAGAAAAGUGAUGAAGUUGUACCACAAAAUUUAGAAGAAGCCGAAGGGAAUUCUAAGAAGACUAUUGAAUUGGAUGAAUAUUUUGUAAAAUACAGGAAUUUUUCAUACCUUCAUUGUGAAUGGAAAACAGAAGAAGAAUUAACAAAAGGCGACAAAAGAAUUGCUGCUAAAUUAAAACGAUUUAAACAAAAAAUGGCUAACAAUACCAACAUUUUUGAAAAUGUAAGUUAUAAUAUAAUAAUAUGUGUGGUGGUACUUAUAAUAUUUUAAUUUUAGCUUGAAGAAGAACCAUUCAAUCCAGAUUAUAUUGAAGUAGAUCGUGUUUUGGAUGUGUCUGAGCAAUUGGAAGAACCAAAUGCAGAUAAACCAACUAAAUAUUAUUUGGUUAAAUGGCGAUCACUGCAAUAUGAAGAUAGUACAUGGGAAUUAGAACAAGAUGUUGAUCCAGCAAAAAUUGAAGUUUUUGAAAGGAUCAGGCAUACACCUCCAAAAGAUCAAUGGAAGGUAAAUGUAAAAUUAUAUAUUUCAUAUUUCAUACAUGAUUUAAAAGAGUUAAUAUGAUGACCGUAGCCAUGCUAAUAUGAAUAUUUAUAUAAUUUUAUAAAUAUUAAACAUAUUGAUGAUAUUAUGACAUGUCUGAUUAUUGCUUAAAUGUAAGUCUUUUGAAGAAAAUGUAUUAUUUGAUAACUGAUAUUAACAUAAUUUUACUUUUGAAUUAUUCAUUUAACUUUUUUAUCAAAUGUACAUGUUAUCAAUAGUGUUUUCUUUAUGUUACAGCCUAAAAAGAAGCCAUCACCUAAUGACUGGGUAAAAUUAGAUAAAUCUCCUGUUUAUAAAAGUAACAAUACACUUAGGGAAUAUCAAUUAGAAGGUCUUAAUUGGCUACUUUUUUCUUGGUAUAAUGGGUAAGUUUAACAGGUUUUUAAAUUUAAAAAUUUUUUUUUUUAAUCUCAGUUAUUUAUAUGUAAUUGUGUUUUCACAUGAUAGGCGUAAUUGUAUCUUGGCAGACGAAAUGGGUCUUGGUAAAACUAUACAGUCAUUGACAUUUAUUCAUGCUGUUCAUCAAUAUGGUGUGCGUGGUCCAUUUUUAGUUAUAGCACCAUUAUCAACUAUACCAAAUUGGCAAAGAGAAUUUGAAGGAUGGACUGAUUUAAAUGUAAUUGUUUACCAUGGAUCGUAAGUAUUUUGACUAUUAAUUUCUUUUUUAACAACAUUACAUAUUAAGACAUAUCUCAAAUGUUGAUUAACAUAAUCAAGACAAUAUUUAGAUGAAUUAUGUUUUCAACUUGCAUAACUCUUAAAAUUAUAGAUCUCACAGUAGAAAUAUGGUACAACAGUAUGAGAUGUACUACCGAAAUGAAAAAGGCGCUAUAAUUAAAGAUGUAUCCAAAUUUGAUGUUCUGAUAACAACAUUUGAGACUAUCAUUUCUGAUUGUAUGGAACUUCGUGAUAUUAGUUGGAGAUUAUGUGUGAUUGAUGAAGCACAUCGUCUUAAAAACAGAAAUUGCAAACUGUUAGAAGGAUUACGUGCAUUAAGUCUUGUAGGUUUUUUUUUACCUCAAUGUCAUAUUCUGGCAUUUAUUUAACUUUUUUAUUUUUAUCCUUUUUAGCCAUAUUUUAAAUAUUAACUUUUUUAUUUUGUAGGAACACAGAGUUUUGUUAUCAGGAACACCACUUCAAAAUAAUGUAAAUGAGUUAUUUUCAUUACUUAAUUUCCUUGAACCAACCCAAUUUUCAAGUUGUGAAGAAUUCUUGCAAGAAUUUGGGGCAUUAAAAUCUGAAACUGAAGUUCAAAAACUUCAAUUAUUAUUAAAACCAAUGAUGUUAAGGCGAUUAAAAGAAGAUGUUGAAAAAUCAAUUGCUCCUAAAGAAGAAACUGUUGUUGAAGUGGAAUUGACAAAUAUCCAAAAAAAAUACUACAGAGGAAUAUUAGAGAAAAAUUUUUCAUUCUUAUCAAAGGGCACAACUUCUGCCAAUGUACCAAAUUUAAUGAAUACAAUGAUGGAAUUAAGAAAAUGUUGUAUUCAUCCUUAUUUAUUAAACGGUAUUAUUUGAUGUUCUAAUAAAUUAUUUGAAUUCAAUUUUAUACAUUUUCUUAAUCCUAAAUUUUAAUUAUUUUUAGGAGCUGAAGAUCAAAUUCAAUAUGAUUACCGCAAUUUAAAUGGAGACGAUCCAGAUGUUUAUUAUAAAGCUUUAAUUCAUUCAUCUGGUAAAAUGGUAUUAAUUGAUAAAUUGUUACCAAAACUUAAGGUCAAUGGUCACAGAGUAUUGAUUUUUAGUCAGAUGGUUCGAUGUUUAGAUAUUAUUGAAGAUUAUUUAGUGUAUAGAAAGUAAGUUUUAAAUUUUUUAUACUCAAUGCAACAUUUUAAGUUGUAUAUUUACUAAAAUUGUAAUUCUGUUUAAGGUACCCAUUUGAGAGAUUAGAUGGUAGGAUACGAGGAAAUUUACGUCAAGCAGCAAUUGAUCGGUUUUGUAAACCUGAUUCUGAUCGAUUUGUAUUUUUAUUAUGUACUAAAGCUGGAGGGUUGGGUAUUAAUUUGACAGCUGCUGAUACUGUUAUUAUUUAUGAUAGUGAUUGGAAUCCACAAAAUGAUCUUCAGGUAACAAUUUAAACUAUAUUUGCAUCAGUUUUCUAAACAUAUACUAGUAGAUAUGUUUUAUAUUGAUUAUUGAUUUAUUAUAAAUAAAGGCUCAAGCACGUUGUCACAGAAUAGGACAACAAAAAAUGGUUAAAGUAUAUAGACUUCUAUGCCGCAACACAUACGAAAGAGAAAUGUUUAAUAAGGCAUCAUUAAAACUUGGAUUGGACAAAGCUAUUCUUCAAAGUAUGAACACUGCACAAGGAAAAGAUCUGAAUAAUAAGCAACUUUCCAAAAAAGAAAUUGAAGAUUUAUUGAAGAAAGGUUGAUCAUAAUAUUUUAAUAUAUAAUCUAUUGUUUUUAUUUUGUUUAUUAAAUAUUAUUUAAAAUUAAAGGAGCAUACGGUGCUGUUAUGGAAGAGGAUAAUGCUGGAGAUAAAUUUUGUGAAGAAGAUAUUGAUCAAAUUCUUCAACGCAGGACUCAAAUUAUUACACUUGAGAGUGAAAAAGGUUCAACUUUUUCAAAAGCUAGUUUUGCAUCUAGUGGUAUUAGACAAGACAUUGAUAUUGAUGAUCCUGAUUUUUGGAAGAAAUGGGCCAGGAAAGCUGAUAUUGAUACAUCAGAAGGAGGAGAUCAAGUAUAUUACACAUUCAUUCCAUUAUUGAAUUAAAAUUAUUUAUUUUAAAAUUAAUUAUUGUCUUAUUCAUAGAAUGAUUUAGUCAUAUCAGAACCUCGAAGACGAACCCAAAUAAAACGUUAUGGGCAUGAUGAAGCUGUCAUGGAUAUGUCGGAACUAGAAUCAUCUGGUUCUGCUGACAGUGAUGUAGAUAAUAGUUUAGGAGUUGGACGAGGAAGAGGUUAGUUUUAUAUAUUUAUACUUGUUCAAUUAUGUCUUAACUUAAUUUUAGUUAAUGGAAAAAUAUAUUCAGUGUUAUAAUUAUUCAGUAUAAAAUUGUAAGAGAAACAUGUACAUUUUGGCCUCUUAACUAUUUUCUUGAUUUAUUUACUAAUUAUUUUACUUAUAAAAAACAAUUUUUGUAAAUUAUUAUGAUUUUUAAUAAUAGGUCGCAGGACUAGAAAAAGCAAAAAAUUUCGAACAAAAUUUAUACCUGACGAUUAUGUUCCUAAAGAGGGAGAAGUUAUUUAUGGAUGUUGGACCAGAAGUGAAUGUUUUAAGGUGGAAAGAGGAAUUCUUACUUUUGGGUUUGUAUUUUAAAUUUACCUAUUUUUAUUACUCAAUAUUAUAAUAUUGUUAUUUAUAUUUACAUAUUUCAUAUUAUUAUAUAGUUGGAGCCGUUGGCCAGAAAUCAUUCAACAUAAUGAUUUUCGUGAAGGUUGGAAAGAGAGUCAUGUAGAAGACCUUGCUCGUAUUGUUGUAAGUAUUUUAAUGUACAUUUUUUGUCUACUAUAAAUUAAUUUCUUAAAUACUUAUAUAAUUUAAAACAUUUUUUUUUAGAUUUUAUACUGUUUGCGAUUUUAUCGAGGUGAUGAAAAAAUAAGGUCUUUUAUAUGGGAUCUUAUUACUCCUGACAAUAUUUCAACUGAUGAUUCCCCUUCUCAUGGUGGUAUGUAUUAAAUUAAUAAGUAUUAAACAAUUAAAUACAUUUUUAUUUGAUUCCGAGAAAGAAGUUUUUAGACUUAAAACAAGUUAAAUUUUUUAUAUUCAUACACUUAUGUAAUUUGGAAUAUAAAAAAAAGAGGGAAAACAAUUACAUUGGACACAAUUAUAAAUAAAUUCCAAAAAGCUGUAAUGUUGACAAUUUUUAAAUAAUAUAUAUAUUUUUUUUAAUUUUUCCAUUUUUCCCAUUCAUUAUGAAAACCCCUAAGAAAAUAACAAAAAAUAUUCGUUCACUUAAAACCCUUGUCUAAUAAACUUUCUGGAAAAGUGCUACACUUGAAAAUCUGAUGUAUUAUAUAAAUAUAAGAUUAAACAAAACAAAACAACAAUAAACUAAUAGUACCAUACAGUUUAAAAAUAAAUAAAACUUAUAAAUAAUAUUGGUGGGACAGCUAGACAAUAAGAAUUAAGGAUGUCUCCCCACACUCUUGAAUUUUUAUCAAAUAAUGAAACUGGGAAUCGGUCAAACCAUCUGUCACAAGGCACAGAAGUUAAAUAAGGUUGGAUAUUACAUGUGUUUUGGGAUCCAUCAUGAUCACUUAUCCCAAAUUGUUGCAUAUCAUGUAGCACUCACCACAGUUUACUCAUAAGUCCUGUGAUUUAAUAGUUAAAUUAUAUAUUGUACUCUUUUUAAUACAUGUAGAAUUGAAUUAUUCUCGUAAUAAGUUUUUAGUUUUUAGUAAUGAUUAAUUGUUGGAUACAGAUAUAAAUUAAAUUCUCCUCUAUAUCUUAUAUUUUCAAUUUCCCAUCCACAACAGUGGUGGCCACCUGUAUUAGCUCUUUUUUUUUUUUUUUUUUGAACUGCAACAAUUUUCCAGAACUUAAUGAAUUCAAACUCAAGUAAAGUAAUAUAAAGAAAAAAUGGAUUGGUCAACUUAGUAUCCCCCCCUGCUCGCCGCUGAAUCCAUUUUUAAUUAUAAUCAAAAUAUUUUUAAAAAACUUGAUAAUAUAUGUUAUAUUUUUAUCAUUAAAAACUACAUAUGUAUUUUAAAAAAAAAAUUUAUCUUUGACUGUAUGAAAACCAAGUAAAAUCUUUGGUAAAAUGUAAUACAAUCACAUAAAAUGUUUGUAAGAUGACUAUCAUAACAAUCAUUCAUAAUUAAAAAUGACAGCCAUAACAUUGGUAUAGUAAUUAUUAAAAAAUUAAUUUUUCUAGGUCAAAGUUCUCGUGGAUCUAAAAAAUAUCGAAAAAUUAAACAAAAAGAUUUUAACUCUACUCAAUUAAUAGAUGAAGAACAUUGGAGUAGAAAUAACAAAUAUGAUGGAGAUUUGUUUUUAGAAAGCAAUUACCGUAAACACCUUAGUCGUCAUGCAAACAAGUUAGUACUUCUAAUUUGUAUAUUAUUUGAAUUAAUUGUUAUAAUUAUUGAAUUUUAUAUUUCAGAGUUCUGCUACGAAUCCGUAUGUUAUACUAUAUUAAGAGUGAUAUAGUUGGUGAGUUUGCUCAACAAGUUAAUGAUGGAGUUCAUGUCAGGUCAGUAUUAUUUUACAUAAAUUAUUUUAAAAUUCAAUUAAAAUGGUUGUUAUAAUAUUUUUCAAGAACAGUAACUAUUAAUUUCAAAUCAUUCAUUUAUUUAUUGAAAUUAAUAGAUUUCAUAAUAUAGAGUUUAAAAUAUUUAAAAUUAUGAAUAACGUUAUUUGAAUUUUAGUGGAUUACCAAUUAACACGCCAAUUUGUGAUUUGACGCCUGCACCUUGGUGGGAUCGAGAUGCUGACCGGUCACUUUUAGUUGGCACAUAUAAACAUGGUUUUGAAUCAUAUAAUCAAAUGAGAAGUGAUCCAGCUUUGAGUUUCCUUGCCAAAUGUGGUCCACCAACUCUGUAAAUAUUAGUUUGGUUUUUAUUAUAAUACAAUUUUGGAAUGUUUUAGGGAACUUUGUUUGUAAUUUUAUUUAGGUUUAUCAAAAAAAAAAUUUAAAGAAUAUGUUCUUAUUUUUAAUUAUUAUCUAUAAUCUUUAUCCAAUAUAGAAAAUAUACAUACAUAUUAAACAUAUUAUGAUGCUCAAGGUAACAAUUAUUUAAUGUUUGAAUAAUUGGUGGUAUAUAUUAUUUUUAUGUUUAAUAUUAAUAAUUAUAAAAUAUAUAUCUUCUCUAUUCUUUUAUUCUUAAUAAGUAAUUUUUGAACUAAAGUUGAUAAAAUCUUGGUUAUUUGUGAUUUAGAAAAUAAUAAAAUGAGUAUACGUUUGUAAAAAAUAUUUUUUUGUUACAACCCAGUAUUUUAACUGAACCAGUUUUAUUAUACAUACUUUUAAUUAUAUAUUUUAAAUAUAUUAGAGAGGAAAAAGAAACUGUCAUUGCAAAAUUCAACGAUAUUGAAGAAAGUGCUGAACUACCAUUAACCAACUCUGAGGAAGUUUCAUCUGAACCAUCAACUCCUUUAGAAUCAGAAGACAAUGCUGGAAGUGCAAUCAUAGCACCACCAACAUCAUCUGUUACAGAUGAAUAUGUAUGGCCAUCAAUUGGUGAUCUUAACAACAGGGUGAGACGAUUAAUAAGUACUUGCCAAAGAAACUUCAAAAAAGAAGAACAAAAGUUGGUGCAAAAAGCUAAGGUUAGUAUUAUUAUUCAAUCAUAAUAAAUUGUAUUUAGACAAACAUUUUUCUAGUCAAGAUUUACCGAUUAAAAUAUUCUAUUUAGGGAACUAUUCUAUCUUAUAUCAAAUUUAAAAAUUUGUUUAAGUGUAAUCAAGCAUUUAUGCCUUAAAUAUUUAGACAAUAACCCUAGAUAUGCUGGCUAAGAAAAUGUUCUAUUUAUUUAUUUUUAAUUUUUUUGUUAAGUAAAAUAUUCAAAAUUUAAAGGUUAAAAUAGGUUUACUAUUUUUAUUACUACUGUAAACUCUGGAACUCCAAAAUUGCUAUUUGUUUCUAUGCAGGAUGUGACCAUGUAUAAAUAUGAUCUCGGGUCGCCCAGAUCUUUGAUGGAUACCAUCACUUCAUCACAGGCAUUGCCGGUAAAUCUUUUUGUGUGUGUCUUGUGAAUAUUCUAUAUUACUUAUAUUAUUUGUUUUCGUUUUAUUUGAUUUUCAUUUGAACCAUUCAUUCAGCAUGACACAUAGAUUAAAAUAUUUUGAAAUAUUUGUUUUGUGUUUCAUUAUAAUUUGUUGAUCAGUCACCAGUUAAUUAUGUUUAAUUUUUUUAGAACUUUUUUUUUUUUAUUAUUUUUAUUUUUGUAAGUAUAUGUACUGCAUUUUAAAUAAGAAGACAAUAUAAGGAUAAAAUAUUAUAUCAAUAGUAAAUCCAUGAUCUACUAUUUUAAUAGUAGUGUGUUUAUUUUUAAAAUAAAGUCCUUGCGGUUGUUGGUUUUGGUGCAGGUUUUUUUUUUCAUGAAGUAAGAAGAUAGAAAAUUAAUCUUUACAUUUUUAUUAUUAAAAUAUCCUCAUUAAAAUUUUUUGGUCAACUGUCAUGCACCUAUAUACUUAAAUUAAGUUAUUAUUUAUAACUAUAUACAUUUAAAAACAAAACUGUAUUAAAAUUGUUCAGGAGACACUGUAGUAAAAUAUGUUUGAAUAUAAUUCUAGUGUAUGUGGUCACCCUACUUUUGAUGUUAUUCACUUUCAUUGUAACUUUAUCAAAGCAUAAUUCCAAGGAACCAAAGUUAAUACUUUGAAUAAAUUUACUUAAAAGAAAACAUGAUUUAAAAUCUGUGAACCAUAAUACUUAUCAAAUAAGUACGAUUUGGGUUAUAUGAAGGCAUAAAUGUCUGUAUAAAUAUUAUGUUUUUGAGUUGAUUUCGUGUGUGAAUGAUGUGGUAGUAUUAUUGAUAUGGCCUUGUGUGUUGUUGGAUUAAUUUUUGUUUUGUAAAUAUACAUACAUGUAUAUAAUAUUUCUAUAUUGAAAAUAUAUUGAAUAUAUUGAUCAGUUCUAAAAAGUAAUUUAAAUUUAAAGUAAUCUAAAAAAGAAUUUAAUUUAAAUACAAUUUCAAUUAAAUGUAUAGAUAUGUCUAUUUAAAAAAUUUUUACCUUAUUAAAAUUCACAAAUAAAUCUUUAAAACAUAUACAUUUUAAUUUUAACCCUUGGAAUAUUUCAUUAAUUUUUGUUAAAAAUAUAUAUUUAAUACCUAUUUAUUUUUACCACAACGAUUAUAUGUAUUUGUGUAUGUGUGUGUUAAUGAUAGUUGACUGAUAAUAUGAUUUAUUUUUUUUUUCAUUUAUUAUUUAUAAAACAAUUUCUUUACAGUUUAUGUUAAGACAGACAUUUAUUAUAAACUAUCUUUUUAAAUAGUAGGUAUGUUAUUAGUCUAAAAUGAACCCCUCCUUCAUAAGCCAUAACCAAAAAUUAAAUUAUGUUAAACAUAUUCUACAUUUCACAAAAUUAAUUUAAAAAAAAAAGAUUAAUUGCUACCUUCCUACUUUAUGAAUUCUUUUAUAUUCUUUUUUUUAUUUAUUAUUAUUUUUACCUAGACAUUUAAUGUAUUUAGAAAGCUUUUUACACAUGUAGUUGGGCGGCUAACACUAUUAUUAUUAUUUUUUUUUUUAACUUCAAUUUGUAUUGAGCAGUUAAGCUAUAUUUAAUAGUUGUUCAAUAGAUAUCUGUAGAUGAAUUGUUUAAGCUAAAAUAUAAUAAUGUUAUGUUUUAUUUGAAAUUUUCUUUAAAAUAUAAUAUUAUAGUUUAGUAGAUAUGUUGACGUAGAAUAUGUUUAGUUGCAUGGAUGUUUGUGUGUUCGUAGCUAGGAGAAUCAACGUGCGCAGCGACGUCAGGUACAGCCCAAUUAUCAGGAGACGUUGCCAGCCUCCUUGGUACGGGACAGCCCGGAUGGGACUGGCAACAACUGGCCAUGUAUCUUUGGGUUCGUAUCUGAGUUCAUCAAAUUUAUUUACUGGUCAACAAAUAAAAUGGAUUUGCACUAUACUAAUACUAAUAAUAUUAUGGAAUGGACUUAAUUUAAUUUGCUUUUUAAUAAUUAAUAUUGAAAAAUUGUAAAUUUAAUGAAAUUAUUUACUUAAAAAAUAAUAUUAGCCACAUACCUAGUAAUAAUAGAAGAAAUAUAUCAUUAAAAAAAUAUUUGAAAUUCACCUAAUUUUUUGCUUUAAAUUUCAUUGGUCAAUAAAUUUUAUUUGAUUGACAAUUUAAUCAUUUACAAACUUAAUAUAAGCUUAGUUACGAUUUUAUUAAAUUGAAAAUUGAUUUGUAAUUUAAUUUUUAUUUGAAUAUUAAUUCUUAUUUAACUUUUUUAUCAAUAUGAUUUACUUAAACUCAUAAAGCAAUAAAAUAUUUUAUUAUUGUAUGUAUUACAAUGCAGUUUUAAAUAAAUUUAUUUAUUUAAAAACAUUGUUCAAUAGUAUUUCUAUUUUUUUAUUUAUAUUAGUUUUAGUAUCAGUUUUGGGUAUCUAUUAUUUUAUUGUAAGUUUAUCACAUGUUUAUUAAUCAUUAGCAUACAAGUAAAAGUGUCGAAUAUCAAAUAUUCAGAGUAAUCAUAAAAACUAUUAAGUGAAACAUUUGGUGGUGAACUAUUCAGUAAUUUAAGAGUAAGAUUAACAUAUGAACAAUUGUGUAGUGAGAAAAUAAAGAAAUUAAUUAAAUAUUUAACAUUUUGUUUAGUACCUACUAAUAAAACUUAUUAUGCAAUGUGUGAGAUCUUGUGGAUUGAUCACAUUCUCAUUAACUGAUACUUAAAACAAAAAUAAAAUUAACAAGUUACUAUUAUGUAACUAUUAAGAUAUUCCAUUUUUUUUUUUUUUUUUUUUGUUCAAUAAUUAUUGUUUAAGUUAUUGAGAAUGAAGUAAAAAAUGAAUUAUCUUUUUAUUUUGUAUAUAUAACAGAAAGUAUAAUGCAAUCUCGUUGACAAAAAUUAUUAAUUUGGUGAUCAUAAUACAAUUAUUAUGAUGUUGUAUAUUUAAAAAAAUUACUAUCCAUAAAUCGUUGAUUCAUCUAUUACUGAAUAUUUAUCUUUGGCAUGGGCAUUAUAGCAUGAUUAAUUAUGUGCUAUAAAAUAUGUGCUUGUAAAUUAAUUAAAACUAUUGUAUGUAUUUUCUAUUUGCAUUUAGUUUAAUAUAUAUACAGAGUGAUUUUUUUUUUAUCAUAAACCAGCUAUUUUCCAGGAUGAUCAAAAAAAAAAAAAAAUUGAAAUAGAAAUCAAAUUCACUUAAAAUCUACAGAGAACAUUUCUGAUUUAUGUUUAAAAAAGUCACCCUGGAUGUAUACAUACUUUAUGUGUAUUUUCUUAAUAUGGUUAUAAUUAUUACUUAAUAUUUGAUAUUUAAUUAACUGUUCAAAAGUUAAAAUAUUCUUAUAUGGUACACAAUUAAUACCAAAUAGUACAAUUUUAUUUUUAUAUAGCCAUUAGGGCUUAUUAUACUUAAAAUCCACAAAAAUUACUUAAAAAAUAUAUAACUUAACUAUUAACUUAUUAACUAUAAUAUACACAGUAAUUUAUAUUAAAUAAAAUAAUUCUUAUUCAAACAAAAAUGAGUUUGUAAGGGGGGUAAGGGCCUUUAAAUCCUUAUAUUAUUUUUGUUUUUUAAAUAUUACUUUUUAGGAUUGGUCUCACCAAAGUAAACGUUGAUUUUUAAACUGAGCUUAUAAGAUAAUCGACCAAUUUGGUCGAGUAUCAGCCAUUUUUUGUGAAUUUUAAGGGAAAUAAGUUCUAAAACUUUGUAAUUACUAUCAAAAACUUGCAUAUUAUGCAUAUUUGAAUAUUAUGCAUUAUUUCUAGUUUUAAAUUUUGAACUACUAUAUUUAUUGUUUUUUUUUUCAAGCUAUAAUAAUUUAAAAUUUAAAUAUCAUUUUCAAAUAACUAAUACAUUUUAAUUAAAUUUAUUUUAGUUUUGUAUGUAAACUAUUUGAUAUUGAAUAGAAAUAUACCAAUUAUUUGGUGAUUAGUACUAAAAAUAUAUAUAUUAAAAAAAAAGAAAAUUCUAGAAUAUUUUAUGUAAUAUCUAAUUUAUAAAUUAUAUUUCUUUUUCUAGUGAGUAGUUAACUAGUUGUAAGUUUUCAAUGUUCUUAUGUUGCUUUUUUCAGUCUGUUUUGUUUGUUUGGAUAUUUAUUUAACAAAUUUAAUUUCUGGUAUCUGAUACUUUCAUAUAUUAAUAUUUUCAUAAUGGAGUGAGUAUUUGCAGUAUUUAUGUGUGUGAUGGAAAUGAAAAGUUGGUUUUGAUAUUUUAUAUUUUUACCAGAAUUUUGUUCUCCUUGCAUGUCUAAAGGCAUUAUAUAUAUUUUUUGUAUUGCAUUGGAAUAUAUAUCAUUUCUCUAAUGCUAAAAUUGUAUUUAUGAAACAUUUAUUUAGAACAUUGUAUCAGUGUUGUUAAUGCUAUUUUGACUACUGUGUAAGGUUAUUUAAAAUGCGUUAUGCUUGCUUUUGUGUAAAAAUUGCUUUUUUAAACUAUUAUUUAUUAUUUCAACAGAGCAUGAGCAUAAUGUACAAUAGCUUAAUUUUAUUAAAACUUCAUUAACUAAAAUAACUACUAUCAAUAAAUUACUAAUGAUUAUUAAAUGAAUAUUUUGAAUAAACUUGAAUUUAUUCACAAGUUAAGAUAUUCAAUUGAAAAUUUUGGUAUUUCUAUUUUACAAUAUUAAAAGAAUAUAAAUUAAUUGUAACCAUUUUUAUUUUGUUUUACACAGAAGGUUGAAAGGCGAGAAAAAUAUGAACAGUUUGUGAGAGAACGCGAACGCCAAAGACUCGAAAUAAGUCAAAAAAAAUGGACACGGAAAGAAGAGCAAGAAUUUUAUAGAGCCGUUACUACAUAUGGUGUUGAUUAUGAUAGGUAUCCUACUAUAUUUUUAAAUGUACAGGUGGACUUUUUGUUUUCUUAGUUUUUCAUAUAACUACACUGAAAAACAAGAAUGUAAAAUGACUUGUAUUAUUUAUGUUUGCAUAUUGUGAUUAUAAAUAAUGAAAAAUUGUGUGUAUUAAUAAAUUAUCUUAUUAUUUCUUUAGAGUGUCGAAGACAUAUAAUUGGACUAAAUUUAAAAGUGUUGCUAGAUUGGAAAAGAAAUAUGAUGAUACAUUGACUGAAUAUUUCCGCUCAUUUUAUGCUAUGUGUAAACGUUUAUGUGGUCAGUCAUUAACAGAGGAAGAAGGUACUACAAAAUAUUAACAUGAAUUUUGAUUAUUUAUCAUGACCAACUAUUGUUUGUUUUUAAAUAUUUCAAAAUAAUUUUCAGAACUCUGUGAUUUUCCUAUGGAAAUGAUAAAUGAAGAAAGAGCUCGAAGAGCUCUUGACCGUAUUAAUUUAAUUAUUAAAAUAAGAGAAGAAACACUCAAUCAUCCAUGUCUUGAUGAACGUUUAAAAUCUUGUCAAGUAUCUGCAGAUGUACCUGAUUGGUGGCAGCCAGGAAAACAUGAUAAAGAUCUGCUUAUUGGAGUUUCCAAGUAAUUAGUUAUCUAAAUAAUUUCAUAAACUAUUUUCCUUUAUAUAUUAACAUUUUAAAAAUCUCCAUUGAAACCUUAUUAAUACGUGUGAAUGAAAAUUUAAUAUUCAUGUAUAUUUAAUAUACUUGAAUUUACUAUUCAUGUGUUGAAAUUUUUUAGUGUUUUUCAUUAUUCACAGAUAUUUGUUUAGGCUAUAACAUACUAUAGUCUGUCUCUGGAGAGAACGGGCCGCGUGUGCGCAUGUUUUCCCCCUCCACAUAACUUGAUUUCAGCAAAGGCAGCCGAUUGUAAUUUCUUCCAUUUUUGACUAUACACCCCUAGGAUAUUUUGUAGAUUUCAAUUGUUAUUAUUAUCAGACAUCGCGCAUCACACAUUUAUUUACCUUUGCUGUUUUAUAACCUCUUGAUAAUUUUUCAAAUCGUAAACUAUCGUAUAUACCUUCUAUAAUAAUCCAGACUUUGUUUUUUUUGUAUACAUAUUUAUUUAUUUAAUAUUUUAUUGAAUACUGUAGGUAUAAUACAGAGUUAUAUAUUUAAUAAAUAAUAAAUAAUUAUAUUAAAACAUUUAAUUAUUUUUUGUUAAAAUUACAAUUUAUCAUUUUUGUCAUAUUUAUAUUUUAUUUUAUUUUUGAUAAAAUUACAAAUUUAUAAUACUAAUUAUUCGUCAUAUUUACAUAAUUUUUUUAAAAUAAUUAAAAAACUGAGAAAAAAGUAAAAAUUACCAAAGGUACAAAAAGCAAACGCUGUAAAAAUGAUGUGUGCCUACACCACGGCAAUUGGCGAUAAACAGUGGACUAUUGACAGUCAACAGUGCAUUAUUUGAAACUCAGUGUACAACAACUGCACCACUUCUGCAGUCGCCGUUGCAGCGCUGUCAAUAGAUCCGGGAGUGGAUAAAUGGAUAGUGUUUCGGUGUGGGGAUGCACAGUAGUGAUUUAAUUUGGUCGGAGAGCGGCCUGUUAUCUCCAGAGACAGACUAUAUUAAAUUUAUUGUCAAUUUUAUACAAAUUAAAUUUAUAAUAUUGUUAAAUUAAAAUGUUAAAGGAUAUUAAAAUACUAAAAUAUGUAAAUACAUGAAUGCAUAAAUGUAUAUGUGUAUAUAUGAAUAAAAAUACAUGUACAUAGAUUUUAAAAUUUAAAGUAGAUCACAAUUUUAAUUUCAUGUGAAUACAUCAAAGCAUUGUUCACUUGAAAUAGUGAACUUUAGUUAACAUGUAUGAAUUAUAUUAUUUUAGGCAUGGUUUAGGAAGAACGGAUUUCUACAUUCUAAAUGAUCCUGAAUUAUCUUUUCGAGAAAUUGUUCAAAAAAAUCUAUUAUCAGCUGUAUCAGGUUCAUUUACAACAGAAAUGCUUGAAGCCGCUAAAUUAGAAACAGUCAAAGCAGAAACAACCAAAUCAGAACCAAUUAAAAUGGAAACUUGUAAAAUAUUAUCAAAUAAAUCUGAAGUACCAAAAUCAGAAAAUACUAAGACUGAAAUAACAGACACUGAAGUUAAAUCAGAAUCUAUUAUACCACAUGAAACUCAAGGUGAAAAAAUUGAUGCAAUCAUCUCUGUGAAAACAGAAUCAACAAUAAGUACUGAAGCUAUUGUAGUAGAUAAAAUUCAAGAAAAUAAUGUAGUUAAAAAUGUAGAAGUAUCUGAAACUACGGAAGUGGAUGUAAAAGAACAUAAAAAACCAGAUAUUUCUUUUGAUGGUAAAAAAGAACAAGAAGUAUCUGAUAUUAAACCAGAGCAAUUGAAUGAAUCUUUAGAAGUAGUUGACCAACAAAACAAUGAUGAAACACAAGAAACUAUUAGUAGUGUAGAAAACAAAACAAUCAAUAAACAAGUUAAAGAUAAAGGUGAAUUAAAAUCAAUUGAAAUUGAAAAAACUGUAACCAGCGAUGUUUUAAAAUCUAAAACAGACAAGGAAAUAAAAGAACCAAUGAAUCAAACUACUACUAAUGAAAUUCCAGUAGAUACAUGCAGUAAACCUGUUACCAAAGUUACUGAACAAGCUGUUAAAUCCAAAGAAUGCUCUAUUCCAUCCAUAGAAAGUGUAGAUAGAUUAAAAGCUAUGUUUCCAGAAUUGGAAGUUUUACAUAAAGAUAUAGCUACUCCGGCUGUUGAUAAAUUACCAAUGCACAAGCCUCUACAACAAAUUGAUCAAACAAUUGCACAUCUUUUAGCUACAAGUUAUCAGAAUCCAAUUAAAUGGCCUAAGGUAUGACUAAUAUGAAUAUUUUUUAUUAUAUGGUGUUAUUGUAUAAAAAAAAUUAUGUAUAUACUUGAUAUUUUUGUAUUUAAUUUUUUGAUUCAUAGGAACACGCUCUAGUUGUCAGAUUACAACACAUAGUAGAAUGUGUUGAAACAGGAGAAUGGCCUGUAAGCAAAAAGUUUUCAGCUUAUGCCCAAAAUCCUAUCUGUGGAAUUGGAAUAGAGGAAACUGAAAUAACAGUCUCAAAAAGAGACAUUGGAGUACCACAUGAUCAUUUAAAUUUGACUGAUGUCCACAAUGAUCAUUCGAGUUUGAAAGCUAAUAAUGUUAUGGCUCAUUCAAAUCCUAAUUUAAAACGUAAACGCCAUAUUGCCAUUGAUGUUGAGACAGAAAGAGGUAUGUUAAAACUUAAAAUAUUUAUAAUUUAUGUAUUUGUAUAUUUGUUAUAAUUGUAAUUUCAGCUAAACUUCAUGCAUUGUUAAAUACUAAUUCUAUCCCAGCUCAUCCGAUCAAACAUUCUCCAGCCCCUUUAUGGGAACAAACGGAUGAAUCUUUGUCUGAAGACUCCAGGUCAGAAUUUAUUUUUAAGAAAAUAUUAAUUUUAAUUUAUGCAAUUUUUAAAGUAAUAUUUGUAUUUAUAGGCGAUCAACUCCAGUUACACCACAACUUAUUCAACCGCCACCAGCUCACCAACAAUCUCACAAUACAUCUUCACGACUAAUGAAUAUGGCCUAUGAUCUUAAAGUUUUAAACAAUCCAAAAACUCCAACAACUGUUGCUACGCCAACACAACAACAAUCUACUGGACCUAUGGAUUUAUCCUCUGGGUUAGUAUAUUUGAAAUCUAUAUUUUUGUUUUUUUUUUUUUUUUUUUAAAUUUUUAUCAUUUAAUGUAGAAUUUUGAUUGUUUAUGUAUUACGGAAAUAAUAAAUUAGUGAAUUGUUGUAAUCAUUUUUCCAAUAUUAAUAUAGAAGUGGUACACCACAGCAGACAGGAUGCAUGGAUCUAAGUUCAGGACCAAGAACAACACCUUCAUCUAUUAAUGAGGCCCAAGAUUUUUCAAUGCCAUUUAAAAAUAAACCAGCUCAAAAUGUUACACAAACGCCAACACCAACACCAGCACCAAAGAGCAAAUUAGAUGAUAUGUUAAACAAAUUAAUGCAAAAGAAAAAUUGUGUGCGCACUACACGUGUAAGUGGUCUUGUCAUUUUAGAAUUAGGGUGGAAGAAGGGUAUCUAUGGAUUUUACUAUGCAUUUUUAUUUAAUAUUUUUCCCCAGUCUAAACAACUUUUGAAACAGAAAACUUCAAAAAAAGAAGAUACCUUUUCUUUUGUUGGAUUUGGAUGUAGUAGUGUAUAAGAUGGUUUUUUUUUUUACAUAGAGGUUUUUUACCAAAAAUCUUAGAAAAAAAAAAUAUAUAUCUAUUUUGUUACAUUUUAAAUCUAGUUGGUGAAUAAGGAAAUCAGUUUUUGAUUUUCUCUGUAGAUUUUUUUUAAGAGAAAUAUGAUUAUUUCAUUAUUUUCAAUAACAGAAAACUUAUAUUUGCCAUAAUUAGAUUAGGUAAAAUUUUCAAAACAUUUUGGCCUUUUCAAAACCAUUUUUCAACUAUUAUAGUCACGUUAACAAAUCUUUACAUAUCUUUUAUUUGGUAAGUACUUGGUAAAAAUAUAAUUGUUUGACCUAACAGAAAUGCUUGAAAAUUUCAUAAGAGGUUCAUUAUAAGUUCUAUUACUUAAUGAUUUAAAAAAAAAAAAGUUGAGCAUAAUAUAGUAGAUUUUUUUAUAAUCAUUUUAAAAUCAUUCUGAUUAAAAUUGUAAAUAUUUAUGGCCUUUCAAAUCAAUUUAUAAAUGAUAUUUGCUCGACAUCUGUUUUCAUUAACAUGGUUUAUUAUUAGUUACAUAUAUAAAUUGAAACAUUUUAUUUAUGUGUCCAACUUCCUACCUACAACAUUGGCGCACACCCAUCAGCAGUAUCCAUUCUUUUUUUAUUGUUUGAUUUAUUUUUAUAAAUCAGGAAUCCUAUUUUUAAUAUUCAAUAUUUAGAUAUGAAAUCAUAUUAUUUUGUUUUAUUUUCCUUCAAGCCUUCUGAUGAACCAGUUGUUGGGAAAGAAAUGAAACGCCGAAAACUAGAUGAAAUUGUUUUUGGUAUUUCUGCGGCCAAAGAAAAACAGUCGUCACCAUCACCAGCACCAGCACCAGUACCAGCACCUGUCCCGACACAAACAGAUCAGAAAAAGCAUUUAGUAUCAACUCCAACUCUUAAUUACCCUACUCCAUCUAAUAAAUCUCAACAAAAUUUGACACAGCAAAUUGGAGUAGCUCAUAGGCAAUCAAGUAAAUUAGUAGAUCCACUUGCAGUAUUUUUAUCUUCUCAAGUCCAUGAACAACAAACUAAUUUACUCAAACAACAUACAACCUUACAACAGCAGCUUGCUCAACAACAACAGGUAAUUCAAAUAAUCAAGUUUGGUCAAAUAAUAUUAUAAAUAAUCUUUUCAAAUUGAUUUUCUUAAGGUCUUAAAAAUGUCUCAAGUUUCGAGUGCAUCAGCUGUUUCUCAAACUCAACGUAAAAUGUAUGAAGCAAUGAUGGAUAGUAUGGCAAAAAGUACUGCUGAUUAUUCAGGAAAAUUAAAUGCGUCAACAUUUUCUCAAGAAGCCAAAGUAUUUAUUAUUUUCAUUUUUAACAUUUCCAAUGAAAUAAUUAUUUAAACUUAUAUUACUUUUACUUAGGUAAACAAAUGGCUAGCUGAACAAAAUGCACUGAUGACUGAUCAGCCAAUUUCUGCAGACUUUUUAUCCACUCCAAGAAGAAGAAGACCUAGAGUAGAUCCAACAUUAUUAGAUUGGAAAAAAUUAACUGGCGAAGAAAAUGUAUCAGUAAUAAAUAGAACAACUGGAAAAAAGGUACAUUUUGAAAUAAAACUAAACAAAAUCGCUAUAGUUAUUAUUGUAGUUACUUCUUUUUUUAAAUUAUUAAUUUACUCUAUUACCAUAUAAUUCUGCAUAUUAAUAUUAUAAUGUAUUAUUAUAUGAUAAUUUUAUAGUUAACUGGAACAAAAGCACCACAAUUAAAAAGAAUAGGACAAUGGUUACUUGAAAAUCCAGUUUAUGAUGUAGAUCCUAAAUGGGCUGACUUGGUGAAAGAACGAGGAAAUCUUACUCAUGAUUUACAGAAACGCUUACCUCAGACAGAACGCAAAAAAGGUCCAGGUCGACCACCUAUGCAAAGUGGAGAAAGUGCUAACUCCUCCAGCCCAUCUUUAUCAUCUAAUCAACCUUCAACAUCAAUGGCACCAAAUCUAUCUUUCCCAUCAUUGGCAUCAGCAGGGCUAGGUGGAUUAAAUCCUUCCACUCUACUAUCAAGUUUAUCUAUGGGGAAUUUUGAUCCUAAAAAUAAUCCUUUGCUUAUGCCAUUCAGUGGGCUGCCAAAUAUUGGUGCUUUAGGAAGCAUGGGCGGAUUGAGUAACAUGAAUUUAACUAAUUCCUUAUUUGCGAAUCUCGCUGGUCUGAGUCUUCCUGGACUUGCUGGUAUGGAUCCAUCUAGCAUGAAUGAUGGAUCGCAUCCAUUACAAAAUCCACCGUCAAACACCAAAUCUUCUAAAUCAAGAAAAUCUGAUUCUACUAAUAAAAACACUCCAUCCUCAUCGGCUAAUGUACCUUCAAGUAUGCCUGGUUCAUUACCAUUUUUCUUUCCAAAUCCAAGUUUAUUGUAUACACCUUUAGGCUUGGGUGGAUUAAAUCCAUUUUCACUGCAACCUGGAGCAAUUUCAUCAGCUUAUGAUAGUCUCUCGCUAUUAAAUGGUAGUUUAAAUGUAUCAUCAUCACCCAACACAUCUCAAAAUUCAGUUUCACGUCACAAAACGUCAAAUAGUCGAAGUCAAAAUUCCAAUGUUAGUACAGUAACAUCAACUAGCCAACGGCAACCUAGAAGCAGUACACAUCAUCUACCAUCACCUAUGCAAAGUUCCUCAGAUCUCCUUGAGAACUUAACACGAGCUGGACGCAAUUUGCCACCUGAUAUGUCCAAGAGCCGAAAUUCAAGAGAUGUUGACAAUUUGCGGUCCCUUAUGUCAAGUAUGCCACCUUUUAAUGUGUUGGCAGCGGGAGCAUUGGCAAGUGGUAGUGACUCUAAAAGAACAAGAGAGCAAGAGAUGAGAGAAGCUCUAGAGAACUUGAGUAAAGCAUCACCUGAAUUAUUUGCGCGAUCAUUACCCGAUGAUAAAAAAUUUAAUUUUCCUACAAUGGAAAUGAUAGAAAAAUCUCUUAAAAGACCUAUUGAGCAAAAUAUAUCUAACGAGAGACCCAGCAAACGUACAAAAGACAUAAUAUCUCCCAUAACAAUACCAAUACCACCUACUAUGUCUAAAUUGCCACUGACUAGUAGAGAAAGCCCAUUGGAUUCUGGUAUUGAUUUGUCUAGUACGAUAAAGGCUAAAUCUCCAGAGAAACAAAGAGAUAAAUUCAAGAAAAUGGAUAUUCAGGCUUCUAAUGUAGAAGUAGAAUGUGACUCCCAGUUAUUGGACAAAUCUGAGGCAGAGAUUGAUAUGACAAAACAAAAAUCUGAAAUGAUUGAUGAAAAUGAGGAUAAAAACGGCAAUAAAAACCGUAAAAGAUGUCGUACAAAGAAAACUUCUGUCGAUGAGAAUAUUGAGCGCAAAAAUUUACGUAGUAAUGCUGGUAGAGCCGCUGCUGCUGCAGCUGCAAGGACGAAAUCCCACUCUCCAUCACCACUACCAGAAUAA